AUAAGUUGAGUCCCCCCCAAGCCAAAACCCAACCUACUCCAUUCCCGCGUUGCAAAAAGUAACAGUCUUUCCUUCAUAACCCCCUUCUCCCUUCCUCUCUCUCUCUGACUCUGAGUGAAAAAAAAAAAACCCAGUACAAAUGACUAAGAAACUCUACUCGGCAGCAUCCUGCUACCUAAUCAUGUUGUUGCUGUUGCAGAAAACUAGUUGUUCCACCGGCAUCAGGCAAGACAAGUUAUUUGAACUUGGAUCAAAGUUACAAGAGCUGGCAUCGCCACCUUCUGUUCCUCUCCAUCUCGACUCCUUAGACUCAGUAACCAAAAAUAAUGGAAGAGUGUUCUACCCAAUUGCGUACGGGGCAGACCCCACUGGGGUGCAAGAGAGCAGUGACGCCAUUUCGCAAGCGCUGAAUGACGCUUUCCAGGUCCAAACCACUCCCCAAAUGCUGCCUGGCUUGAAGGACUUGGGUGGUGUCGUCAUUGAUUUGCUUGGCGGAAGCUACAAAAUCAGCAAUCCUAUAAGGUUUCCUGCUUCUGGGGGAGCCAAUAUUGUGGUGAAAGGAGGGUCGUUGCGGGCGUCAGACACAUUCCCUGGUGACCGGCAUCUCAUAGAAGUAUGGUCUCCGAAUUCUCAAACAUCAAUCCUUACCGGUUUCAACGAUACGAAAGAUGAGAAUGUAGGAAUCUACUACGAGGACGUCACAUUCCGGGACAUUCUUUUCGAUUCGAGCUUCCGAGGCGGAGGGAUCUUUGUAAUUGAUUCCGCCAGAAUCCGCAUAGAUAAUUGCUUCUUCCUUCACUUCUCAACCCAAGGAAUUCUAGUCCAAAAAGGUCACGAGACUUUCAUAUCCAGCUGUUUCCUAGGGCAGGUUUCCACUGUUGGUGGAGACAAAGGUGAGAGAGGCUUUUCGGGCACCGCCAUUCAACUUUCAAGUAACGAUAACGCGAUAACCGAUAUUGCCAUCUUCUCAGCAGCCAUUGGCAUUUUAUUGAUCGGCCAAGCUAAUAUUGUCACAGGGGUUCAUUGUUAUAACAAAGCAACAGCCUUUGGUGGGGUAGGAAUUUUAGUAAAAUCCACCGCUGAACUAACUAGAAUUGACAAUUGUUACUUAGAUUUCACAGCUAUAGUGAUGGAAGACCCUGUUCAAGUUCAUGUUACCAAUGGGCUUUUCUUAGGAGAUGCUAAUGUAGUGUUGAAGCCGCUUAAAGGACAAAUAUCAGGGCUGAAUAUAGUUAACAACAUGUUUAAUGGUAAUCCUGGAAAUAUGGUUCCAAACAUCCAAUUAGACGGGACGUUUAGUACAGUAAAUCAAGUGGUGAUCCAGCACAACAAUGUUAAUGGCAUGAGCCUGAAAUCAACGGUUGGGGAAAUGACGGUGGCUGGGAAUGGAACAAAGUGGGUUGCUGAUUUUUCAUCACUGUUAGUAUUUCCAGACCGGAUAAAUCAUUUCCAAUACUCAUUUCAUAUUCAAAAGGAGGUGUCUGCAGGAUUCCCUGUACAUGCAGUCACCAAUACGUCCAAUAAUAUUGUAGUCGUAGAGAGUGACAAAGCAGUCAAUGGGGUGGUUUCCGUGGCAGUUGAUCAGUUCAAUCGCAUCGGAGAGACUAGUAGUCUAAAGGUUUAGAUUGGAUGCUCCCAAGUUACAAUUAUUUGUUUAUUUGGGUAGGGUUAAUAUUUUAGAACCAAUAAGGAACAUUUCCCUAGAGUGCAAGAAUGAGAUUUUAUUCAUGUUCGAAAUCUUUGUUCAAGGUUCCAUCAGAUUCGGGAAUAAAGCUAUUUCAUUAUUCUAAUGUUAAAAA